AUGCAAACUCACAAUAGAUUUGAGGGCCCUUCAAGAUGGAUUAUUGCUAUAGUUAAUGAUAAAAUUGAUAAAACUGACUUGGAUUUAUGCUUCGAGAGAAUUAACCGAUAUAAUUAAAAACAAUUGAAAAAUCCAAUUGAGUCGAAGAUUAAUCUUAUUAUUAUCGGUUUUGACAUUUAAAAAGAAAAUCUUAUUAAAGAGCUUCAAAAGCUUUGCGAAUUAACAGUGCAAGGAUGUUUUAUUAAUCUUCAAUGCCUACCAGAUUUGGAUUAUUCAUAAAUAGAUGAAAGUAUAAGUCCAUUAUCUAGUCAUAGAAGAAGAAAUUCAUUUCAAAAUUUGGUAGGAAGAGGCAAUUACAUUGAUCCUGUAAUUAAAGAUUAAAUCAAGUCGAAAUUAUAAUUUGUUCUGGAAAAAAUUGAACUUUAUAAAAAGGAAUAAUUACCUUUGAUAUUUGAGAAAUUUGAUUUUAACUGA